UUCUCACACACACCUUAAACAGCGCACAUGGCACUGGAACACCUGAACACGUCAACUUAGCCUGGCAACAAACUGUGGGAAUACGCUGAAUAAGCACUGCUUUUAUUCAAAACAGGAUUAAUUGGGGAAAAAAAACAACACAAAAACAACACAUUGCUUCUACUGCUUUUGAAGAACUGCUGGAUUUGGACUCAAAGAAAGUGAGUUUUUUUCUAAAAGGAUUUUCUGUUCCCACUGUACCAGGUUCAAAUUUGUUCUCUCGUCCGUGGAAGUUUGGUCAGUGCACACACGCGCUCCAUGACAAUGCCAGUGGUCAAAGUGGAGAAAGACUCUCCCGCAGACACUUUGUCUGACUCCAACUCUGCACCACAGACAGAGGAGCAGCCCCGGGGGCGCAGGAGGAAGAGACCUCUCCAGCGGGGGAAGCCCCCUUACAGCUACAUCGCACUCAUAUCCAUGGCCAUCGCAAACUCACCUGACCGCAAACUCACCCUGGGGGGCAUCUACAAAUUCAUCACAGAGCGUUUCCCCUUCUACAGAGACAAUUCAAAGAAAUGGCAGAACUCCAUCCGCCAUAACUUGACUCUCAAUGAUUGUUUUAUCAAGAUUCCUCGAGAGCCGGGGAGGCCUGGAAAGGGCAACUACUGGGCUUUAGAUCCAAAUGCCGAGGACAUGUUUGAGAGCGGCAGCUUCCUGAGGCGGAGGAAGAGGUUUAAGCGAUGCGACUUGACCACCUAUGCCACAUAUGUGCAUGAGGCGCCAGUUUUUUCUCCUGUCCAGAUCGCCAGGUCAGCUGCAUAUCCCACCUCAGUGUACCCAAACAUGACGGUCAGUCCAGCCUACGGGCAACAGCUUCAUUCUACAUACUACUCCUCCUCAUCACCGUCUGGGUUCGGACCAAGUCAGACUCGCAUGUUCAGCAUCAAUAAUCUCAUGGGACACCCGACUCCGGCCAGCAUGCUGGGAGGUCAAGGGCCAGAGGUGAUGCAGCAACCCAACAGGAGCUUCAGUCCAGAGGGGCUUCCAAAUGGGUCCACUCACUGCGGCCAGGGGGCCCCAGCUUACCAGGGCCAAACAUGUGGAGGACCCAUGGUCUCUCGCUCCUCUACACUUCCUGGGUUCACUUACCCCACGCCGAAUGUCCACCCACACCACCAUGGCCACCAGGGCUCAUACGGACAGGGCCACACCCAGGGGUACACAGCAACGGGACGCCUCCAUGUCUCAGCACAUGGAGGCGCAGAGUCCGUGGACCAUUACGACCGGAUCUCCCCAGUGCAGCUGGGGUCCAUCUCUCCAUAUAACAGUGCUGCAGGUCCCAUGGGCAACCCCGGGUCUUACCUGAGACACCCCACAUACCCGGGGAAUAUAGACAGGUUUGUGUCAGCCAUCUGAAAAACUGAGACUGGAGAUCCCAGCAUCUUACUGACCUCUUACAAGAACACCAGAGACUCAAGACAGCAAGAAGUGAGCCAGAAUGUCUCCACACAAACAUGUUUGUCUUUGUUUAUGACUACACAAAGCAGAGUGAAUACACACAAACUUUCCCAACACAACUGUGAUUAAUACUAUUAAUGCUCUAGUGCAUUUAUUUCAGCACGGAGGGUAAUUACCUCUGCCAAGAAAGUCCCGUUUUUGGUUGCAUGUGUCUGUGAGAAGCAUAACAUACAAAGUAUAAGAGACUGAUUUUGAUUUUUAAAAACAAAUAAUAAUAAUAACAAUAAUAAUAAUAAGGAAGCAAUGAUGAUGUGAUAUCCAAAUCAGGACUUGAGUGUAUGAACACUACAGGAAACUUUGACAGAGGUUUUGUGCUUGGAGUGCUUUCUUUAAUUUACUUUUACUUCAAGCUUUAAUGUUGGUAUCAAGUGUCAAGGUUUCUUCACAGCAUUCUAGAAUGUAAAACUCAUCAGUUUUUUUUAUGUGUGGUUGUGAGCUUUUUUUGUCGUGACUUGAAUGUACAAGUUUAAUAUUCACGUUGCCAAAAUGUUAUUCUAAAUUAUUGUUCUCUGAUCAUAGGCUUUGCAUUUUAGUGUUGCUUGUAUGAAGAACGUCAGCUUUAUUUUCUAUUUUAUUUUUCAUGUAUGUGUCGCUAAAUGAAAAUGCAUAUCAGGUUACGUUCUUUUUGGAAAUAAAACUAAUAUAAAAACAAAGAAAAACUUCUUUUUAAUUAAUGAUUACGUUUGUGUACCAAAAUAUCUUUCCAUCAUUUUUCAUGCCCCAAGAGAUUAAUCAUAGCGAGAUUAAAUCAGUUGUAAUCUCAGAAUGAAAUAUUACAUACAUAUUUGUAAACUUCAGUUCAGAUCCAGACACAGUGCUACCAGGAGAGAACAUGUUCGGUUUGUGUUUGCACGGCUUUCUUCACUUUGUCAGUUCAGCAGGUUUCAAGUGUUGUCUGGAGCCACAGCAUUCGCAGUAACCGUGACCGGCGCUGAUUAUCAAGCCCAGACAUCUACACAGCUCUUAGGAACAAUCUGCCAGUGGGACCGUAAUAUAAGAAGCUCUCGCACAAUUCCGUCCCAUUGCAAUUAAAAUACUUAUUAUAUAUAUACUAAUUAUUUUCCAUCAGAAAAUAAGCUUUGUUCGCAGUUAAGUCUGGAUGUUCUACGAUGCUUUUUUUUACCCAUUUCUUUAGACCCACUUAACAUUACUGUGCAUUUAAUU